AGUUUGUUGGGUUGUUUUAGCGGACGCUCUGGGAGGAUCUAAAGCUGAGGAACGAGAUGACGGAGCCAAAGACUACAACCACCAUGAUCCAAUCCUGAGCUUCAACCUUCUAGACGAGGGAUCUACCCGAACCCGAAACCAAAGCACUUCUAAGAACCAAAGCAGCUCAGAAACCAAACGGAACCGCAGUUUACUUUUUUGGUAUUUUUCGUCGUCUACGUUGUAAAGAAUGAAGCUGGAUAACUCGCCUGCAGACAUGAGCACCUGGAGGGAGGUGGACUUCGCCCUGAACUGCACCUACAUCGUACCAGAUCAGGUGUCGGACCCCAGCUUCAACCUGCCCAAAGCCAUGACCUCCAUCCCCAGAAACCUCACCUUCGAGUACGGCGCCGACAACGAGGUGACGGGAGUUUUCAGCAAAGAGUACAUCCCUCAGGGGACUCGCUUCGGACCUCUGCAGGGCGACAUUUACACCAAAGACAACGUCCCCAGACAGGCCAACAGGAAGUACUUCUGGAGGAUUUACAGCGGCGGCCAGCUUCACAACUUCAUCGACGGCUAUGACGUCCAGCGCAGUAACUGGAUGCGCUACGUGAACCCGGGGCGCUCCCUGGCCGAGCAGAACCUGGUGGCCUGCCAGAACGGACGCGACAUCUUCUUCUACACCAUCCGGCCGGUGGAGCCCAAGCAGGAGCUGCUGGUGUGGUACAGCCCCGAGUUCGCCCAGAGGCUCUGUAGAGAGCAGGACGACGGCAGCAGCAAAUACUCGGAUGAGAACCAGGAGCCGGCCUCGGUCCGACCGGCCCAGCAGACGUGGCUCCGGGAUCGAACCAAGGAGGAGGUGAAGGAGGAGGAGGAGGAGAAGAUCGACGUGGAGCUGCUGGAGAGGGACACGCCUCCCGACACGCCUGACGACCAGAUCAUGGACUUCAGCAAGAAGGUGGAGAAGGAGGAGGACCGGGAGGGGACGAUCCGGGACCUCAGGGAGCCGGGUCUGGACCUGAACCCGGCCUACGUCCAGGAGCAGCAGCAGCAGCACCUCCAGGCUGCCCACAGGAACCUGCCCCUGCACCUCCACGGCCUCUACAGCCCCCGGGAGGGCCUGGUGUCGUCCUACCCCCUCUACCCGCCCUCCAGGCCCCUACAGCCGGCCUACCAGUUCCUGCCCCCCUACGGCCCUCACUACCCCCGCCUCCUGCUGCCCUCCUACUCGCCCCCGUUCCCCGGGAUGCUGCCCUCCAGAGGCGCCCUGAGGUACGGCGGCUACCUGGGCUCUGACGGACUCCCGUACCCCCCAGUGGGAGCUCCUAACCUGCUGCCGGUGUCGCUGCCGUUCUCUCCGUCCCUUCAGGGCGGCCUGAAGGAGCUCACCGCCAACGUGUCGCCGCCCCGAGGAGCGCCGGCCACCCCGGAGCUGUCGCCGCCUCCCAAGUCGCCCGAGUCGCCCGAGAGGUCGCCGUCCGGCUGCGAGGAGGCCGUGAACCUGAGCCUGACCGCCGCCAAGACCAGCAGCGCCCCCCGCAACGGGCCGGGCCACAAGUCGCUGCCGUACCCGCUGAAGAAGCAGAACGGAAAGAUCAAGUACGAGUGCAACAUCUGCUCCAAGACCUUCGGACAGCUCUCCAACCUCAAGGUCCACCUCCGAGUCCACAGCGGGGAGAGGCCUUUCCAGUGCAGCCUGUGCAAGAAGAGCUUCACCCAGCUGGCUCACCUGCAGAAGCAUCACCUGGUCCACACCGGAGAGAAGCCGCACGAAUGCCAGGUGUGUCACAAGCGCUUCAGCAGCACCAGCAACCUGAAGACUCACCUGCGGCUGCACUCAGGUGAGAAGCCGUACCAGUGCAAGCUGUGCAGCACCAAGUUCACGCAGUACAUCCACCUGAAGCUGCACCGCCGGCUGCACAGCGGCCGCGACCGCCCCUACCGCUGCCCGCUGUGCGCCCAGGCCUUCUUCCACCGCUUCUCGCUGUGCGUCCACCAGCGCGGCCGCUGCCUCGCCGGCGCCCCCGCUGGCACCAAGGGGCUGGCGGAGCGCUUCGACGCCAGCCAGGAGGCCGACUCUCUGGCCGAGACGGCGACGGCGGCGCAGCUGGGCGAGGCGGUGGAGCGCUGGCUGGCCCGGACGCUGGAGGGCGACGGGAAGGAGGACCAGCGGGAGGCGGCGCUGCUCCUCAAGGCGCUGGCGGCCGCCGUCGGCACCCCGGUGAUGAUGUCGUCGGCGCCGGCCUAUCAGGAGCGAGCCAGCGUGGUUCACCUGCACAAGCGGCCGGCGGUGAAAACGGAAGGACAGUGAAAGGAAAGAGGAAACGAACUGAUCCAAAACAAACAGCAUUCCAAAGACUGGGUUUGAAGAGGGACGGCGUGCCGUUUAAGCUGUGAAGUAUUUAAAACUUUUCCCGCUCAGGUAGAGAAUCUUUGUCGUGCUUUAACUUAUUACUUUUUCUAAAAAGAAUGGAGUCAUUUUAUUUAUUUAGUCGUACCAUAGUGUGUGUGUGUGUUUUUUUUAUUACUUCUAUCUGUCGACGUUUCCAAAGAUUUGAUCUCUGAGGAAAAUCUAAAAUGAUUGACUCAGGAACGACAGCGUGCACUCUAAAAAGGAAUGAACGGGUCCUAAAAAGUCUAACUUAUUGUUUUACGUAAAGUUUUUACGUCGCUAGCAUUACUUCUGAUCGGUUGUUGUCGUGCUAACGUUGCAUUAAUUUAAUGUUUUGUGUCAUUUAAACUCAAACUUCUGCACUAGUUGAUUUAAAAGUAAAUUUAUGUUGAGGUAACUUAAUUAAAUUGGCUUGAUAAUUACAUUUUUAUCCUCCUUAAGUCUAACAUUUUGAGUUCCAUCCUCAUCCUGUAAAACACUAGAGGACCUUUAUUUAUUAAAAUUUGCUACUUGAAACUUAAAUUUCAUCUUUAAUUGACUGAAAAGUGAAAUUCAAGUUGAGAUAACUUUAAAAAAAUUGGUUUAUAUGGUAAAUUUUCUUUACUUUGAGUUGGAGCAACUUAAUGUUUUUAAUUUACGAAGUUAAAAACUUCAUAACGCAAUUUAGCUUUAAAAAUCCCUUUUUAAAGUGUUGCAAUAUAAGUUGGAGCAACUUGUUUUUUUAUAUUUACCAAUUUAAAUACUUAAAUUUCUGCACAAUUGACUGAAAAGUGAAAUUUAAGUUGAGGUAACUUAAUUAAAAUUGGCUUGAUAAGUUAAUUUCUCUUGAUUUUGAGUUGGAACAAUUUUUUUUUUAAAUUUGCCAACUUAAAAAUUCCAUAAUCAACGCAAUUAAACUUAACAUAUCCCUUCAAAAAGUGUUGAAAUUUGAGUUGGAAGAACUUAAUUUUUAUGAGUUUUCAACCAAAGAAAUCGUGUUGAUGCUACCAAAUUUGAUUGAAGAGGAAAAGCUGAUUCCUCCAACUCAGUUUAGUUUGUUGGUUGAACAUAAUAUCAGGAGAAGUUGUCAUAACUCAAUUUUUUUUUAAUUUUCUUGAGCCCAAACCUUAUUUUUUAGAGUGUGGUUUGUUUGGUUGUGCUGCGUUUUUUUCAAACAAGUGUGAGUGAAUAUCGGAACUGUUUGUGGUUAUUUCAUUUAUUUAUGAUUAAAAGGGAAAAAUCAGGUGUCUUGAAACUGUAAUAAUAUGAACAAUGAGCAUUUGCCAAACUUACAAUCAAACAACAUGAAUGUGUUCACCUUUUUCUGAAUUUUCUGACAACUUUCAUCAAAGACUCACAAGAAAAUGUGAAAAUACAGCAACAAACAACGUGUUUUCCUUCUAACUUGCAGCUUUUCACCGAUUUCAAACGUUUCUUACACAGAAAGCUUUACUGCGAAUGUCCGCGAGCUUCGUCCAAAUGUCAAAUGUUGGUACCUCAUUUUCAGUGAUGCAAAAAAACAAACAAAAGCACAAUGUUACAGCUGCUUUUUUUACUUGUUUGUGAAGCACUGGAACAAAAAAUGCAAUGAGGUUUGUCUUUUGGAACUUUACUACUGAGUCAGUAACAAACUUCUUUUAAGGUUUUGUAGGUUUUAUUUUUUGCUUCUUUUGUACAGUUGGUUGGUUUGUGUAGUUUAUUUUUGCAAACAGGUUAUGAGAUGUUGAGAAUUUAUAUGUGAGAGACUAUUUUGAUGAUACUUUUAUAUUUGUAUGAUGUAGCAUAUUAAAGAUAUUGUUUCUAUA